AUGGCCUACAUCACCACCAACAACAACGCCACCCACACCCUUAUUCACGGGUGGACCAGCACGCCGAUCCACAACUUCUCCCUCUCCGCCGCAGGCCUCCUCGUCCUCGCCGACCUCAACACCAUCGCCCAGCGAACUUCUCUCCGCGGCGGGUCCUCCUGGCUUGACAGCCUCCUCCUCGCCCCGGGCCUGCACUACCAGCAGGCCGCCGAUGAGCUCGCCCACGGUGAUUCCAAGAUCCUGAGCGCCGUCGAGAUCCGUCCCGACGGCAAGCCUGUCUCCCAUCAGAUCGUCAACCAGGCUGUAGUGAACUAUGUCUUGCGCACCGCGAAGGAGGGCGAGACGGUCGUGCUAGACGUGGGCGAGAUUCCCGUGAAGUCACGGUCGUGGCGGACAGGCCGCAACGGACGUGGUGGCCAGAGGGCAUCAGUGUAUGCGGGUGGUUGGGGUGGGGGCGGCAGGGUCGACCUGCCCGACCUGGGCUGGACGGCGCAUCUGCUGUACCUGGCCAGUCCACUGCUUACCUGCGUGGCUAUUGUGUUGAUAAUACUCGUAGGAGACUGGUGGGCACUCGCCAUGAUGGGAGCCCUAAUGCUAUCCCGCAUCCUAAACAUCUUCGUGAUCAAGCAGCGCUCUCGGCCCAAGCCGAAGAUCCUCCCGCCGCCCUUCUCGCAGCCCCCAGCCUUCGCGCCCGAGGUCGCCCACAUCACGCAGUACACCAUCAACAUCAACCCCGUCACGACAGUCAUCCUCCGCGGGCUCUCGACCGACCUCCAGGCCCUCACCACCACCGUCUGGCUGCGGCCCAAGACCCACGCCGAGGGCUACCUUGAGGCCAUCGCCAAGGUCCUCGUCUACCUUGUCGCCGCCUGCAGCGGCAACGCCACCCAGGCGGGGAACCUUGUGCUCCUGGUGCUGCUCCUCGUCAGCGGCGGCCUGCUGGCGCUGAGCAACGCGCAAGUCAGGGGCCUGCGGAGUGGCGGGCGGGUCGUCGCGCCCUCGCCUGAGGACAGGCACACGCGCCACCGCAACAGCGGCAGCGUUUGGUCAAGCGAGAGCAGCAGGAGUAGUGGUGGCGGUGGUCGGGUGGUCCACAACGGCGGUGGCCACCGUUCGCGGGCGAGGCGGCGGGAGACAACCGAGUCGUGGCCGGAGAGCAGCGACCUGAGCAGCCUCAAGAGUUCCGAGGACUCGCUGGAGAAGGGCGAGGCUGGGAGGGGCUUCAGGCGCUCGUCGACUGACGAUGGGUCGUUGGAUUACCGCGUGCAGUUUGAUACCCGCCUCGGCAAGCUGGAGGUUGUUGCUUUGAGGAACCGGUAA